GGGGAGACGAAGCAGGAUUGCUGCAUGAAAACAGAGCUGCUGAGGGAAGGUGGACACAAAGGCAUACACCCAAGAUCUGCUCGAGAAGGGAACCUUUACCAAAAAGUGAAAAGCAAACGCCUUGUAGAUCCUUGUCUUAAGUGCACCCAGAAAACUCAAGAGAUCUCUAUGGCAGCCGAUGGAGGUUCAGCAGAGAAGCAGGGAGGAGAGGCCCCCGUGGCCGCAGACAGCGAAGCCAACGGGUCCUGUGGAAAGAGCGAGGCCAGCAGUCACGUGACUGCGGUGCAGCACACUCAGGAGAACACGGUGGUCAGCCCACAGGAAGGUACCAACAAACUAGCUCGAAUAGCCGAAAAUGGGGUUUCAGAAAGAGACAGUGAAACAGGGAAGCAAAACCACAUCAACGCAGAUGACUUCACACAGACUUCUGUCAUCGGGAGCAAUGGGUACUUCUUGAAUAAACCACCCCUGCAGGAGCAGCCCAUGCGGAUUACCAGCACUUUGGCUUCCUCACUUCCUGGUCAUGCUGCGAAAACCCUUCCCGGAGGUUCUGGCAAAGGGAGGACUCCCAGUGCUUUUUCUCAGACGCCAGCCACAGCUCCGGCCAAGCUCGGGGAAGCAAGUAAAGACGCAGAGGACAAGAAGCCCAUGGCCCCUGGUGCCGACGUCAAGGUUCACAGGGCGCGGAAGACCAUGCCAAAAUCCAUCCUGGGCCUGCAUGCGGCCAGUAAGGAUCCCAGAGAAGUUCGAGAAGCACGAGAUCAUGAGGAGCCAAAAGAGGAGAUCAACAAAAAUCUUUCUGAUUUUGGACGACAGCAGCUUUUACCCCCCUUCCCACCCCUUCAUCAGUCACUACCUCAAAACCAGUGCUACGUGGCCACCACAAAGUCACAGACAGCUUGCUUGCCUUUUGUUUUAGCAGCUGCAGUAUCUCGGAAGAAAAAAAGAAGAAUGGGAACCUAUAGCCUGGUUCCUAAGAAAAAGACCAAAGUAUUAAAACAGAGGACGGUGAUUGAGAUGUUUAAGAGUAUAACUCAUUCCACUGUGGGUUCCAAGAGCGACAAGGACCUGGGCGCCAGCACCCUUCACGUGAACGGGGAAAGCUUGGAGCUGGACUCAGAGGAGGACGAGUCGGAGGAGCUCGAUGAGGAUGAGGACCAGGGGCCCGAGCAGGCUGCUGCAUUUCCCACGGAGGACAGCAGGACCUCUAAGGGCAGUGUGUCAGAAACUGACCGUACCCAGAAGACGGACGGCGAGUCUGAAGAGGAGCAGGAGUCAGCCGGCACCGGGGAGGAGGACGAGGAUGGAGAUGAGUCUGAUCUGAGUUCUGAAUCCAGUAUCAAGAAGAAGUUUCUCAAGAGGAAAGGAAAGCCUGACAGCCCUUGGAUCAAGCCGGCUAGGAAACGGAGGCGGAGAAAUAAAAAGAAGCAAAGCGGUGUGCUGGGUUCUGAAGCAUAUACGUCAUCUUCAGGAAGUGCAGAGCAGACGGCACCUGGAGACAGCACGGGGUACAUGGAAGUCUCUCUGGACUCCCUGGAUCUCCGUGUCAAGGGGACACUGCCCUCACAAGCAGAAGGGCUGGCCAAUGGUCCUGACGUGGUGGAGACGGAUGGCCUUCAGGAAGUGCCCCUCUGUAGCUGCCGGAUGGAAACCCCGAAAAGCCGAGAAAUCACCACUCUGGCGAACAACCAGUGCAUGGCUACGGAAAGUGUGGACCACGAACUGGGCAGGUGCACCAACAGCGUGGUCAAGCAUGAGCUAAUGCGCCCGUCCAGCAAAGCGCCACUCUUGGUGCUGUGUGAAGACCACCGGGGCCGGAUGGUGAAGCACCAGUGCUGUCCUGGCUGCGGCUACUUCUGCACAGCGGGUAAUUUUAUGGAGUGCCAGCCUGAGAGCAGCAUCUCUCACCGCUUUCACAAAGACUGUGCCUCCCGAGUCAAUAAUGCCAGCUACUGUCCCCACUGUGGGGAGGAGAUCUCCAAGGCCAAAGAGGUGACCAUCGCAAAAGCAGACACAACCUCCACCGUGACGCCGGCCCCCGGGCAGGACAAGAGCUCCUUGGUGGAGGGCAGGGCUGACACAACCACAGGCAGCACUGCUGGACCACCGCCAUUGGAGGAUGGCAAGCCUCAGAGCACAGCCCCCCAGGCAGCUGAGGGCUUCGACCCCACGGGGCCUGCCGGACUGGUGAAGCCGGCUCCCGGCCUCUCCCAGGGACCAGGAAAGGAGACCUUGGAAAGCGCUCUGAUCGCUCUGGACUCGGAAAAACCGAAGAAGCUUCGCUUCCAUCCGAAGCAGCUGUACUUCUCCGCCAGGCAAGGGGAGCUGCAGAAGGUGCUGCUCAUGCUGGUUGACGGAAUCGACCCCAACUUCAAGAUGGAGCAUCAGAACAAACGCUCCCCACUGCACGCCGCUGCGGAGGCUGGCCACGUGGACAUCUGCCACAUGCUGAUUCAGGCGGGCGCGAAUAUCGACACCUGCUCGGAAGACCAGAGAACCCCGUUGAUGGAGGCAGCAGAAAACAACCAUUUAGAUGCAGUGAAGUACCUCAUCAAGGCCGGGGCCCUCGUGGAUCCUAAGGAUGCAGAGGGCUCCACCUGUUUGCACCUUGCUGCCAAGAAAGGGCACUAUGAUGUAGUUCAGUAUCUGCUUUCAAACGGACAAAUGGACGUCAACUGUCAGGAUGAUGGCGGCUGGACGCCCAUGAUUUGGGCCACUGAGUAUAAGCAUGUGGAGCUCGUGAAGCUGCUGCUGUCCAAGGGUUCCGACAUCAACAUCCGGGAUAACGAGGAGAACAUCUGCCUGCACUGGGCUGCGUUCUCGGGCUGCGUGGACAUAGCCGAGAUCUUGCUAGCUGCCAGGUGUGACCUCCAUGCCGUGAACGUCCACGGAGACUCGCCCCUCCACAUUGCUGCCAGGGAGGACCGCUACGCCUGUGUCCUCCUCUUUCUUUCUCGGGAUUCAGAUGUCACCUUGAAAAACAAGGAGGGAGAGACGCCCCUGCAGUGUGCAAGCCUCAACUCCCAGGUGUGGGACGCGCUGCAGAUGAGCCGGGCGCUGCGAGACGCAGCCCCCGACAGGCCUGUCCCGACGGAGAAGACCGUGAGCAGAGACAUUGCUCGAGGCUACGAGCGAAUCCCCAUCCCGUGUGUCAACGCUGUGGACAGCGAGCCGUGCCCCAGCAACUACAAAUAUGUUUCUCAGAACUGCGUGACGUCUCCCAUGAACAUCGACAGAAACAUUACCCAUUUGCAGUACUGCGUGUGCAUCGACGACUGCUCUUCCAGCAACUGCAUGUGUGGCCAGCUCAGUAUGCGCUGCUGGUACGACAAGGACGGCCGGCUCCUGCCGGAGUUCAACAUGGCGGAGCCGCCCUUGAUCUUUGAGUGCAACCACGCCUGUUCCUGCUGGAGGAGCUGCCGGAACCGCGUCGUGCAGAACGGCCUCAGGGCAAGGCUGCAGCUCUACCGGACACAGAACAUGGGCUGGGGCGUGCGGUCCCUGCAGGACAUCCCCCUGGGCACCUUCGUCUGCGAGUAUGUCGGGGAGCUCAUCUCUGACUCAGAAGCUGACGUUCGGGAAGAAGACUCUUACCUCUUUGAUCUUGAUAACAAGGAUGGCGAGGUGUACUGCAUCGAUGCUCGGUUCUAUGGGAACGUCAGCCGCUUCAUCAACCACCACUGCGAGCCCAACCUGGUGCCCGUGCGUGUGUUCAUGUCACACCAGGACCUGCGGUUUCCCAGGAUUGCCUUCUUCAGCACCCGCCUGAUUGAGGCUGGGGAACAGCUGGGGUUUGACUACGGGGAGCGCUUCUGGGACAUCAAAGGCAAGCUGUUCAGCUGCCGGUGUGGCUCCCCCAAGUGCCGGCACUCCAGCACGGCCCUGGCGCAGCGGCAGGCCAGCGCCACCCAGGAGGGCCAGGAGAACGGCCUGCCUGACACCAGCUCCUCCACUGCCGACCCCCUAUGAGUGGCAGCCGGCGUGGGGCACCGAGCGUCGGUGCUGUUCACACUGCGGUUAGAGAGGAAGGAGAAGCGGAUGCCUGAAGGCCCCGACCUGGGGCUGCAGGGAUGUGGGCCGCAGCUGCAAGGCCCCGGCGUGGCGGCCCGUGGGCUGGGGGGCGGGCGCUUUGGAACACUCUGGGAUUCCGCGCUGGCGUGACCUUGUGAGUUUCUGAUGAUGGUUUUGUCGUUUCCACGUUUCUCGUUCCCCCUCUGCUCCCCUGGUUCCCGUUCCACUGUGGGGCUUGUUGGGGAAGUCCUGUGGGCCGAGGCUCCCCGCGUGGCACCCGCCGAAGACACAGUCACCCGCAAGCUGCUCCGUUAGACCUGCCUGCCUGAGGCCUGCGUGGCAGGUGCCAGCUCCUGGGCGCUGUGCAGACGCCGUCCCCACCUUGACCUGGGAGAGGUCAGGGCCGAGCCGUCACUAACUUUGGAGAAAAUGUGGGUUUGCUUUUUAAAGAAGUCCUAUAUCUAGUCCUAUAUAUCAGACCUCUAAUGCAUUUCUUUCCGAGGAAGCGGUUUGUUGGGUGCAGGAGGGCCGUGGCCCGUGGAGGACCCCGCACCAGCCCCGCCAGCUCAGCGACGCUGGCGCCUUCUGUUGAUUUUUAAACCACAUGCUAUGAUGAUGAAUAAACUGAUUUAUUUUCUACCAUUAUUGAACAUUAGGACAAAUAAAACACAAAACACAGACAACGGUGCUGAUUCUGGUGUGGUUUCUACUCACCAUGUGAAAAUAAACUAUCAACUGUAUAAAGAGAACAAAGUGAUUUUAGAAUAAAAUGCAGGAAAAAACUUUUUUUAAAAUGUUAGUCUUGUCGUGGAAUAAAUUUGCCAUCACCUUUUGUGUGACGGCCUGCCAGGUCAUAUCCUUUUUUUUGGCAUAUACUUUUUUAAAUACUGUAAUUAGUGCGGUAGCAGUGGGGUUUUGUGCGGCUCUUCUAAAACAUUCAUGAUGCAGUCAUGUUUAUUUUUUUCUGUUAAAAUGUUUUUGACAGUUUUAAGAGCAGUCUUUUGGCUCAGACCAUUUCUUGUUCUGUUUUCAAUGAAAUCAAUAAAAAAAAAAGAAGUACUUUAAA